UAAGUUGAAUCCCUAAGCUGUAAGAAGCCGAACACAAUCUGUUGCUAUGAAAUCUCUUCCUCAUCACUGUAAAGUUGCAUCAGGGUUGAGAGGAAGUGGAAGUUUGUAAUGGAACGCUAGGUCGUAUUCCAUUACAAAUCUUACAAUUUGUCCAGAUCCUAACACAGCAUCCCUCCAGGUCACGGGGGAUCUGAGCAGGGAAGGAUUCCAUGAUCAUUAAAACCUGUUGCUGCUGUGCGGUUCAUUAGCUUCCAGGCUAUCCGGCUAUGAUCCGACAAUUGAAUGAGGUAACGCCGUAUCUUCCACGAAGAGGGCAGUCUGUCCGCUCCAGAUCCUCUAACGCUGCGGCCAUUACGAAAUAACAAACCUGUUGCUCGCAGAUGGUUCGCCAGUCCACUUGGGGUUCCGUAACGGUCUGGAUGUAAUCUGUGUCUUAAUGCUACAGGGUUGAGUACAUCUCGACCAGCGCUUCUUUCAGACUAGAGGGGAAUCCCUCACUAACUCCAUAUUGAUCCGGUUUAAGAAUGCACGGCCUGUAUACCUCGGCAUCAGAAUUCAAUUGAGCGGUAACAACCAGAGACCAGUAAUACCAAACCAUUUUUCUGUAUGAGAGAACGCGCUACACUCGUGGCGUAGGCCGUCUCGCGAAGAAGCCCGCGUCUGUCUUGAAAAACAAUGCAGCAAUACAUGUGACGUAAACAUAUAUACUGUGCGGGCCAAGGCGAAUGAAACGGUUGGCUACAACAAGGCAGAAUCUGUACCUUCACCAUAGCGGCGGGUAUUGAAUUUUGUAUGAGAGAAAACUAAUUAUGCAAACAUCUAGCACGCCAAUGGCGAGUAGAGCCAGGAUCGAUACGGCCGCUCUGCACAGUGUAGAACGACCGACUAUGAAGCCUCAUAGCCCGGUGCUGCUGUAAUACUCUUUGCCUCCCGCCUGAGUGUACCGCCUCGGAAGCAAUGGCGACCUGCUCGCAUCUCUGGCAGACAGUCUCUUGCUAGCUCGGUCGGGUUGUGCUGGUUUAACAUGCAGACGACAAAGAUGUGAAUACCUGCGCGUGAACAAGUGUCGUCUGCUGGUCGUGGAUAGCCGUCAGGGAUGGACAUUAAGCUGAGGUUUUAGGACACAAUGGACAGCCCAGAUAAUGUAACGCUGAAAGUGCCACUGUGUAGCUAGCUAGUCCACAGGAGGCAAGGCCAUUGACUGUAAACCAGAUCGACAGAAUUUGUCGCCGUAGAUCUGAUCGGAUAUACUGUUCGUAUUGCUUCACCAAUGCCGACGGAGUAAGGCGACGUAGUAUCACUUCACUUUUUCUUUCUUCUUCACCCUUCACCCCGUUUGUCAUUCUAACAAUUCAAAAUUGUUUUCCUAGAGGAUACAGAUCUUUUCUCUUCCAAGGGGAAUACAAUGGCCUCCGUGGCAGCGUGGCUUCCCUUUGCCCGGGCAUCCGCUAUAGGGUGGGUGCCCAUCUCACAGAACCCCCUCCCCCCACCACGGGUUCAGCCUGACCAUAAAAGAGGGGACGAGAAGCUCAGUAUCAAUGUGAGCGGGCGUCGAUUUGAAACUUGGAGGACUACGCUCGAGAAAUACCCAGACACACUUCUGGGAUCAAACGAGAGGGAAUUCUUCUUUGACGAGGAAUGUAAGGAAUUUUUCUUUGACAGGGAUCCCGAUAUAUUUCGGCACAUUCUAAACUAUUACCGAACGGGUAAGCUUCAUUAUCCAAGACAUGAAUGCAUCAGUGCCUAUGAUGAAGAGCUCGCUUUCUUUGGAAUUCUCCCGGACCUUAUCGGCGACUGUUGUUACGAGGAUUACAGGGACAGAAAGAGAGAAAAUAGCGAACGUCUCAUCGAUGACAAGGGAUCUGAGAAUGGUGACCCAAUACCCGUCGGGAACCUCAGGGAACGGAUGUGGAGGGCGUUUGAAAACCCUCAUAUAGGCACGGCGGCAUUAGUGUUUUAUUAUGUGACAGGAUUCUUCAUUGCCGUGUCUGUUAUUGCGAACGUCGUGGAGACGGUGCCAUGUGGUGUAGAAGUAGGAAAGAAGGAAAACCGGUCUUGUGGGGACAGAUUUCAUGUAGCCUUCUUUUGUCUGGACACAGCCUGUGUCAUGAUCUUCACUGCGGAGUACUUGCUUCGGUUAUACGCCGCUCCGGACAGAUGUAAAUUUAUGCGUAGCGUAAUGUCAAUUAUAGAUGUUGUCGCCAUCUUGCCGUACUACAUAGGACUCGUCAUCACCGACAACGACGACGUUAGUGGGGCUUUCGUCACUCUGCGAGUUUUUCGCGUAUUCCGAAUCUUUAAAUUUUCCAGACACUCCCAAGGAUUACGCAUUCUUGGCUAUACAUUGAAAAGUUGUGCUAGCGAGCUUGGCUUCCUUCUGUUUUCGCUCACUAUGGCAAUCAUAAUUUUCGCUACUGUUAUGUUUUAUGCAGAAAAGAAUGUGACAGACACGAAGUUCACAAGUAUUCCAGCGGCAUUCUGGUACACCAUCGUUACCAUGACUACCUUAGGUUAUGGUGACAUGGUGCCCAACACUAUUACGGGGAAGAUUGUAGGAGGUGUGUGUUCUCUCAGUGGUGUAUUGGUGAUCGCUCUGCCCGUUCCAGUUAUAGUGUCCAACUUUAGUCGCAUCUAUCAUCAAAAUCAACGUGCCGAUAAGAGGAAAGCUCAGAAGAAAGCCAGGUUGGCACGCAUUCGAAUGGCAAAGAAUGCUAGCGGUGCUGCUUUCCUGAACAGCAAGAAACGAGCUGAGGAAAUAAUGAUAGCGAGGGAAAGCGGAUUAGAGUUAGACGAAUACAAGGAGGACAUAUUUGAGAUGCAACAUCACCAUCUAUUAAGCUGUCUGGAGAAGACAACGGAUCGGGAAUUCACAGAACUGGAAAUGACAUUUAAUGGAGCACCCACCAAGCCAUCUGAGACCCCCCCUCCGUCUCCCGAUCCCUCCCUGGCCUCGUUACAGAGACGGCGAACUACCGGUUGCUGCGCACGCAGGUUUUCACCACAUCGAAGCUUUCUUGUAAAUAAAGGUCGAACACACGAUAGACAUGGCUUGGAACAGGAGGAACUGAACGACAUUCAAAUCCGACUUCCCACAAUAAACCGAUCCUCUCGCUCAAGCCUGAAUGCCGUUGAGUGUACAAAUAGUAAAUCUAACAAUACUCUUACCGUGACAACAGCGAUAGUGACACUCCCGACUCCAAGUACAACCUCAGAGACGGAAUCAUUAAAAACUCAGAGUACAAGUGGGACUAUGUCUCCUCCUACCCAAUCCCAGAACCCGGGAGUUGUGAGGAUAUCUACCUUGUAACAGCAUUUCCGGGCAUUCCCAAGUAGAGUAGAAAUUUUCAACCACCUUGUUUAUUAUGACAUUUUUAUCAACUUCAAGUUUAUAUGCGUGAUUGUGAUAUAAGGCGAGUCACUGAAUUUCUUGUGGAUGGUAAGCAUUAUGACAUUUUCUUUAAUUAUCUUCCCAUUGGUGAUACUGUGGAACUUUUGCUGCGGAGGAGGAAUAGCUGUACAUUUUUAUCAGCCAGACAUGAGGAGACACUUCGAUUCCAGGCCAUGAUAUAGCACUGAACAAGGUGAAUACAUGAUUUGAGCUGAGGACGAUCUGCCUAUUCUUGUCGACCAUAUGCGUAUGGUUGUGAGAAUGGAACGAGUCUUGAUCUGUGUUGAUUGUUCGUACAAGAUGUGUAUCGCCUGAACACAAUCCAAUGAAAAGUCAUGUGAUCUGUACGCAACUAACCACGUGAUACACCACAAAGAUGGCGGUGCGUUUUACCACGUGAAAGUUUCAAAAGUGUAUUUCAUACAUGACCUACCCCGGAUAUUCCACAGAGAGCUGCAAUUUUCACACUCUUUGAACCUCGAGGAACGAGCACCGAAAAUCCCACAGUUGGAUGCUGUUGGAUAGCGUGUUGAUUGGAGCGUUCAAUUGUGAUUGCGAUACUUUUGAUAUUAUGGGAUGUUGGUUUACAAGGUCCUAACUCGCCCUAGUGGCGGUCUCGGAGAUGCAAUGUUCAAGCUUUACAAUGCUCCAGUACUUUGUUUGAACUGAUGAGUGUCCUGUACAUAUUUUCUAAUUUAUUUAUUUUACAAUUUUUGCAUAUCAUUUUAAUGUGUAUCGCAUCCUGAUCUCAACGUCCUGGUGGUCCCAGCCAACACGAGUCUGUACCGUACAGUGUACGGAGAUAGUGCCGUACAGUGUACGGAGUUUGUGCCGUACAGUGUGGAGAGUUUGUGCCGUACAGAGUAGGGAAUUUGUACUACAUGGUGUGCAGAUUGUGUGUCAUACGGUGUAUAGAUUCUGUACACGAAAGUGUGCAGAGUUUGUGGCGGACAGUGUAGAAAUGUGUGCGCUGUACGGUGUACACAUGUUAGGCCGUACAGUGCAGAGAGGCUAUGCCACAAGGUAAAGUGUUGAAACCGUACAAUAUGCCAUCUGUUCCGUAAUUGCACAUAAUUUGUACCAUGCAGGAUACUUAUUCUGUACCGUACAGAGUACAAAUUCUGUACUGUACAGUUUGCGGAGUCUGUACGUACAAUGCAGACCGUAGCCCCCUGGAAAAGCAGGAAAUCUGUAUCAAAUAUGUAUGGUCGACAUACUGUUGUCAGAACGUGUGCGAGACUUCAAGUUCUCAACUGAAUCUUUGCCGGACAACUGCACCAUUGAGGUCGGUACUGCCAAGAUGAACUUCUCUAGUUAUAGCUAGUUUAUCAAUUGCUUUUGCUCACAUGACAUAGACUAUAAUUCUAGAAUGUACGUUGAACUAUUUUUUGUAUAUUUGUUGUAAUGAGUGUAACACAAAUUAAGAAGGUUCGUAGAGUAGAUUUUUAGAUGUCUUUUAUGAAACGUAGCGUACUUUCAACUUAAUUGCAGAUAUAUUUGAUACAGAUUUCCAAAUGUAUUGAGAGUUUAUGACAUAGCAAAAUCAUGUGUACAAUGACACCUUUCAUUAAAUGGAAACUUAACACUGUACAGUAAUGUGUAAAUUUCCUUCCUGUUUACUUUUCCAUUUUCGGAAACGUGUAUAUUGGUGGAUGUAAGCAGUCAUUUCUAGAAACAUACUACGGGGAAUGUUCCUCGUUUUAACAUAAUGAGAAUCUAUACGACUGUGCUUGUGCUAAUAUUGUUUUUAUCCUUGAUGGGGAGAGGUCUUUUCAUGAUAUAAUUAAGCAGUAGUUUUCAUCUUGGUUUCUUUGCUUGAGGAGUUUUCGAUACCUAGUCCCCCAUAUAGUAUGCACCCGUCAGCGUCUCUCUGUACUCACCUAGUUUUAACCACACCCAGUGUAGAUAUCACACACAGUUUGAACAUAGUAACAGAUUUAUAUCAUUUUGUUGUUAAUUUUCAUAUUUUUUUUCAUUUUCUUGACAAACAUUGCAUACCUCAUUCUUUUUCAUGAAACCACAUCGUCUUAUCUUCAUCUGCCCGAAAUCUGGCACGGGAUUGUCGAAAAGGGGCUUAUUAUUAAUCUUCCAUUUCCACUACAAGAUCUAUCACUAACAUAAACGUUCACACAACAAAAGGUAGCAUUUGCAAACUUGUUGUAUUCAUUGAAACCAAAUUUCUUUCUUUGAAACGUCUGGUUUUGGUUUGAGAAUAUGUAAUUCUGGACUGGAUUGCAAAUUAUGCCUUUUGGGAGAUGACAUUUAUAUUUGAAAUUGCUAUUGAAGGUUUUCUGGUAGAGUGUUGUUGCUCUGGAAUGUUUCGUUCUAGGGGGUGUUAGAAUCCAAGUUUAAGAAUACGUUCCUGCACCCAUCUUGUCGCCAUGGUAACCAUGAAUUCAUUUGACGUCAUAUUCUUCAUUUUGCUGUGUAUUGCCAUGACAACUGAACAAAACACAAUCGAUUAAUCCCAGCUGUAAUUCUGUGUUAUAUUUCAAAUCAUAAAGCAUUUCAUAUGGCUCAAAAGAAUUUAAUGCUAUUAUAAAUUUAAAUAUCCUGAAAUAUUUGUGCAGAACAUGUCCUUACUUAGUCAGCAGAAACAUUCAAGAAAACAACGUUGUUAUUUCAGCACAAAUGGUUAACAAUCUGGUAUCCAUGGAAACAGGAAUAUAACCAAAGUCUGGGGCUUCUAUUUAAAGACCAGUUGGUUGCUAGACACACAGUGGUUUGUAGAGAUAUAAAUAUGACAGAUCUUUCACUUCUGAAUGACCUUUGUCACUUUGCUACAAAUAUAAAAGCUCUUCUUUAUGGUAUAUUUUAGAAUAUAGAACUAGAAUAAUAUGACAUAAAUGGUAAUACUAUGUCUCCAAACGAUAGGUAUAGGUAAAUAUAUCACCGUGUAAUUAUAUCAGAAACAAAAUAACAAAGGUUUGUGGACUUUGGUAGGUAUAUAUACAAAUGCUUAUUUUACAUUAGAUUUGUAUGCAGCACCGUCCAUAUCACAUGAUUAUAUAAUUACGAUAAAAUAAUGAUAUUAAUCGAACCGAUACAAAUGCUUUUUAUUGUGUUAUGAUUUAAAUAUGUUAGUAAUGUUCACUCACAGCAUGGUAUGACAUGAUAUGGUAUGACAGUGCUGGUAAAGUGUGCUAUAUUUCAACCGAGGUUCCUUCAAAGUGAUAUUUCUCAUCAUUCCAUGUUAGAAGUAUGCUAUAUACUGUACUGUAUGCUACCUCCAGAACCGGCAGCUCCUGGAUACCGUACUAAUCAAAAUAUAGUUAUUCUGGAAACAUUCGGAUACCGAAAACAUAACGAAUAGGCACUGAAAACAUAUUGCUUGCUUACUGAUUGAUGCGUAGAUGUGUCGUGUUCGUAAACCUUUGAAAACAGUUACAAGAAUUAUGUCGCUCAUCUGGAUCUGUAAGAUACUUUGCGAAAAGAAAGGUUUGAAGUGAAAAUAAAUGGAAAACACACAUCUCAAUUUGUAAAACUAUAGCCUUUACCUACUGUUAGGAGAAGCAGGUCCUUGUGUCCAGAACACUUAAAGCCAGGCAGUUGAGUUGAUGACAAUGCUUAUUCAAGUACUUAAACAAAGCUCGAACAAAUAUGAAUAAUAUAUAAAAGUUUGAAAGAUGCAAAUAUAAUUUCCCCUUACACCUUUAAUGUAUCUAUCUUCAAAGUAUUCAUUUGAAAAGUAUUUGUGAAGAGUAUUAAUUCUUGCAUCGACUGGGAUGGCAUUUCACUGUGAAUUGGUGUUCUUUUCAUAAGCAAAGAAGUUACUGGCGAGGUUAAGUAAUAAGUCAAAAAAACUCUGCCUUGAGUUAGAAUAUAUAUUCUGCCUCUCAUGGUGUAAUUUACCGUAUGAAGUCAGACUGGACACCAAUUGGACACCAUGGCCAGUUUGAACACCAUUGUAGAACCAUCAAUAUAACAACACUGUCCUCACCACUUACACUAUAACCAUUGGCACGACAACAUGAACAGGAUGGACAUAACGCUGUUUGAUUCGGUAAUCCUGGUUUCGACAAUGACGUUACGUCAUUAACAGCUCCCCGUGCAUAUUUAAGUCGAGAUUAAAAUUGUGAAAUGAGUAUAGUAACAGAUGUACAUCAUGACUGUAUAAUAGAAUUUAAAGACUGUUUGUUGAAUGGUAAAUAUUUACGACACUUUUUAUCUCCGUGCGAUGUAAAAUCCCUUGUUGAGUUUUCCACACAUUUGUUGUAUGAACUGUUGAAGUGUUAAUGAUGUUAUGAUGUCUUGGAUGUGCGUUGAAAGUUGCUGGAAUGAGAACCAAAGGUUUUCAUAGCCAUAGCUUACUCUAAUGUUGAUAAAGACAAACACGUGAAAGACGUUUAUUGAUAUUUUAAAACCGCUCAAUUUGCAGAGAUAAAACACAUGUAUUGAUUACUACCUAGAGCUAGAAUAUAUUAUAGACACAUCUUUUACUUGUAGAUUGUGUCUGAAUAGUUAUAUUGACAUUUGCAUAACAACUCAAUGUGAAAGAGAUUCAGUUUUAAUUUUAUGGAUAUUUUUAUUUUUAUGACUAUUUCCGCGAAAUGGUAUUAAAUUUAAUUAUUUUUUCACUUUUCCAACAAAGAAAGACGUGAUACAACUAAAGUGACAUAAAUACCCAACGUUCAAAGUGGUAAAAUCUGGGUAGUGUAAACAAUCACCAGGGUAGAUAAGUAAGGUUUCAAGGCAUAAUUUCACGGUAAAAUUUAUCAAAGAUGCCAAUGGAUCGUACAGACAGUAAUAUAUCGGCAUUAGGCAUUAUUCAGUCCCUAACACCAGCGAGUUCUUGUGAUAUGAACAUUGUUAAGCAAUAGAAUACUACUGCAGUUAGAGGAAGCCAUCAAGCGAUUCAUUGAGAGAGGAAGAACUGAAAUAUCCAAAAUACGUCACAGUGGAAUUUUGCCAGAUUCAGUAGUGUUACACAUACCUUUCAGGGUUUAAAACAAAGCUUUUAAAUAAAGCACGAUGCGUGAUGUGCCUCGUUUUGGAAUUAAGCAGCGCUUUGAUUAAACGCUUGAUGGUUACCUUUAGUUGUUACGUAUUUUAAACUUAUGAUUGCAGCUGUGUAUAACCUCUGCCGGUGAAAAAGAAAAUUUUAUUAUUGUCUUAAGGGCGUUGGUAUCAUUCUCAUUUCAUUUAUUUUGUACCAUCUUUUAAAUACACAGAAACGUUUGUUCGGAUUUCUUUAUAUUUUCUGGAAUUUGUUUGCCCCAUGUCUGAAUUGGAGCGAAACAGAAAAAAAAUAUAUGCUUCUUGGUUUCUAUAUAUUAAAUUUGUUAAUGGUUCAUAGCCAUGCCAGCUUAAUUUUUAUUGCUUUUAUUGAUCUUCUUCAACUCGUUUAUUCUUUUUCGUACUUUAUGUUUUAUUGUAACCAUCAUCUUGAGACAUUUUCUGUAAAUUUCAGUGAUAGUAGGGUCAAAGAUUUCUCAUUUCGUACGUCGAUCAUCCGUAUGUUUGUUAUAGAGAACGAAACACCCACCUACUUAUGAUUGAGUUUUUCAAUAUAUGAUGAAAAUAUCCAUUUCAUAUCUAUGUGGUUUUUUAAAAGUAUUCUCAUAUUUUUUUGCUUUUAUAACUUCAUGAAUCUACCAUACGAUUACAGUACACAACACCUUGUAUGAAGUGACAUUUUCACAUACAAAUAGCGAGGCUACAUUAUUAUAAUUACAUAAGAGUGAGAUGUUUUGUACGAAGUAGUAAUUUUUACUCAGAUCAUCUUUAACCUAAUAGUCUUAAUGACUUUCAUUCCAUCUAUUCUGAACGUAAAGAAUAGGGAUCACGAAUAGUUUUACUGAAUGUUUUGCAUUGCAGAUUGUCAUUAAAAAGAUUCAUCAUAAUAUUCAUGAUCACAACUUUUUUCAGGAUUAACAAAGAAAGCAUUUAAUGACAUGUUAUUGAUUCAAAUAUGUCAUGCCCAGUAAACGAAAUAUUGUAGAUUAUUUAUGAUGGCAUGUAUUUGUCUUUAUGUAUAGAGUGAAUAUACCAAUUACUAUUACAAAUAGUUGAUCAAAUAUUAUUUAAUGUGUAUAACAGUAUUUAACUAGUCCUCACAUACCACCAUCCUUCAUUCAAAGGUUUGCUUAGCAAUUUCUCUGAUUACAAUAUUAUCGAAUUUAAGACCACUUGUUACAUUGUAGGUGGUAGAGUGUUUUUCGUGCCAGCUAAUGAACAAAAUGUUUAUUGUACAUCUACCCAUUUUUACUGAUAUUACCACUGUGUAUGUGUGGGAUUGUCGCGCGUCUUGAUCCUCUCCCAGAGACGAAUGCUACCAGCGAAUGGGAUGACGUGUUGGUCUACAUGGUAAGAAUGGUGUAUAAGAUCUUAGCCUAAUUUAUACUGCUCCAAAUCUUCCCCUAGACACAUUAGAGUCUUCCCACCAUGUGGGACGACCUUCGUGUUCUGCUGUUGGCCUCGGCAGUAGACAUAAGUGAACCAUAUACUUCUCAUAAAAUGCAUUAAACUGUGAGUUUUUCCUUUUGUAGAUUUGAUAUGUAUUUGAUUACAUUUUGCACUUAAUUGUCUUUCACAAAGUCUUUCAUAAAGUAGCUUGGGAAAUAAGGAAUUUUAUUAUGCACCUUACUGUUGUCAGAUUUUUUUCCUCAUGUCUUAUCGUGGCUUCUGGUCGAGUCGGUUUUGUACAGAGUACUAGAUGAAGUUGAUAUACACGCAGUCUCCAUCGUGGCUGAUGAAGAAACCAUCCUCCUUAUCACUCCAUGCUUCUGGCUGUAUUUCAGUACAGGUCCCGUGACUCUGACAAUAAUGGCCGCGACUUGACUAACAUGAUACUUUCUUAUAUUGGUGAUCACUUCAUUACAGCUGAUCAUUUUAACUCGUGUAUCUCAGGAUUUUGUCGGUAGUGUUAACUUUAGAUUCCACAUUCAGAAUAUAUGCUUUUUGUUUGUCAUUUUUUUAAUUCACAGAAUAUUUGUUAAUUUUACUGGAGAAUAUCUGAGAUUCGACUGGUAGUUUUCUUAAUUUUUAAUCUUCUUUCUUCACAUAUUGUACAUUAGGGUCGCUUGGUGUAAUGCUCUGACCAGACCAUUUGGAGCCUUACAGUUCUGUCGACUUGCUGUAGUGUUUAUGACAUCCUUGUUUGAAUCAACCACCUCAUAAAUCCCUCUCUAUUACAACCUUAACACAGAAAUCCUACAAGGAAGCUAGGUUUGUCUGAUUGGCAGAUAUUCAGGGUACACCUGAAAGCCCGUUCCCCUACGUGUCAUACUAGCGGGCAUUCGGAGCUGAGGUUCUGGUGCUCCACAGACCUUCCACGUUUAAUGAGCUACAUUUUUAUUCCAACAUACAUCUUUAUUGAGCACUCUCGCUACCGCCCUCUCAGCUAGACAUUGCUUGGUUGCUACUGGUGAACAUUGUUAUUCUACAAUUUCCAGGUAUUAAUAAAAACCCUUAAAAUUAA